AGGUUUAACGAUGGCCAGAUGCGUGGCACUCAUCCGCGGUGCUCCUGGUGACACAGAAACGUCCAUCCAGGGGGUCAUUCGCUUCGAGCAGGCGUCAGAGACAGCACCCACAAUCCUGGACGGGGUCAUCACGGGCCUAGCACCGGGACGACACGGUCUGCACAUCCAUACCUUUGGAGAUUUUUCAGAGGGAUUCGCUGGGGCAGGGGGCAUUUUCAACCCGUUCGGGAAGGCCCACGGGGCCCCGGACGACGACGAGCGGAUGGCGGGCGACUUGGGCAACAUCGAGGCCAACGGGGAAGGAAAGGCGGAGUUCCGUGUGGAGGGCGGGCACGAGCAGUCCUUGGUGACGGGGAACUCUGGCGCGCGUAUCGCGGGGGGUGUGGUCGGGAUAGUCUCUGCAUAAGGAGGAGGGAAAAGGAAGGGCAGAUCCCUGUCUCGGCGCUUGGGGCUUGGUCAAGGAAGCAGAGGCUGGAGGAGGGAGGGCGGGGCAGAGGGAGGGAAUGGAAGGAGGGGGCACUGGUUUGAGAGAAGGCGAGGGAGGAAGGGAUGGGGGCGCAGCUUUUUUACGGAAAGUAGAAAUGCCAGCAGGUACC